CCCAAAAGGCUUGACUUGCAGUUCAUUUCGAUCCAUUUAAGAACCACUUUCGCAAAAUGAGUGCUAAAGCAGUGCCCAAGAAAAAAGAAGGUGGAUCAGAUACCUUUUUUGAUUUAGAACAACAGUUCAUCCUUCGUCUACCUCCAGGCCCAGCUGAAGAUCUCCGACAAGAUGUGCAAUCAGGAACACCGCUUUUGAAAGAUAAACUUAGCAUUGAACUGGAAUCAGACAUGCGUCAUGGGCGAGUCAGAUAUGAUAACUACAUCUUCAAUGCUAAGCUUGUUGACCUGCCUUGUGUUGUGGAGUCACUAAAGACAGUGGACAAAAAAACAUUCUACAAGACUGCUGAUAUAUGUCAGAUGCUGGUGUGUAGUACAGAAGAUGAGGUCAAUGUUGAAGAUACAGACAGCCCCAAAAAGAAGGACAAGGACAAGAAAUUCCUGUGGAACCAUGGCAUAACACCACCUCUGAAGAAUGUUCGCAAAAGGCGCUUUCGCAAGACAUUGAAAAAGAAGUACAUGGAUCAGCCGGAACUGGAAAAAGAAGUGCGGCGCCUGUUCCGUUAUGAUGCAGAGGCCAUAGAUGUUAAGUGGGAGGUGUUGACAGAAGAUGAGAAGCCACUGUCAGAUUCUGGCCAGACAUCAGGUCACAUCCAGGCAAGUGGAACUGUAAGCAACGCUGAUGGAACUUUGCGACGACAGGACACGUCUGGAUUGGAUGUUGCCUCAUUCUUUGGAGAGCUAAGUAGCUCAGAUGAUGAAAAGGAUUUGAACAUCAUGGACAGUGGAGAGGACGAUGCUUCAAGGGGACCAUUCAUGCAGCAGAUAGGUGAAGCUAGCAUGGAUCGCCCAGCUAGUGAGAGUCAGGACAUGGGUGGUGAUGCAGACACAGAAGACUUACAGGAAAAAUUAUCAGAGCUUGUACAGCAACUUGAAGAGAUUCGUGAGAAACGGCUUGAGAUGGAAGCGCAGAUGGCCGAAGAAGACAAUGAUCUUAUGAGAGACAAGUUACGUGAAGACUUGGAGCGCUUCUUGCAGGAAGAGAGUCAAAAAGAACAAGAGUACGAGAUACUGUCGGCAAUGCUGAACCAAGGAUGACUUGAAGCAUGCUACAAAUAUGUACAAUCUUCAGAGACUGUGUGCUUGCAUGAUUGUGUGGAUGUGUGUGAGAGUGCCUAUCAUGUGAUAUGUAAAUAUUCUCAUGUAUUAAAGAUUUUAAUACAGGU